AUGAAUUUUGAACAUUUGAUUGUUAGUAAAAUAUUAUUAAUAGUUUCUGUAGUUUGUUAUCGUAAUCAACCACUUAGUAGACAACAAGCUUGUUUGGCAGGUGGAGAAGUAGCACAGAAUUUUGAAUUUCCUUUUAUGACAGUCAUAUACCAUAAGACUAUGUCAUGUUCCGGAGCAAUUGUAUCAGAAGAAUGGGUUUUGACGGCAGCUCACUGUUUUUCCAUUAAUUAUAUAUUAGGUAUAAGACCUAGCGAUGUCAAAGUAGUAGCUGGCAUAGUAAAUUAUAUUGAACGAACAAAUAAUUCACAAGUCAGACACGGAACAGAAGUUCACAUACACCCAAAUUAUAGAGUAAAACGAGUUGCAAAUGAUGACUUAGCUAUCAUUCGAGUCAAACCAUUUCGUAUGACUAUAGCUGUUAAUACCAUUCAUGUAUCAGAUAAAGGGCUUCCAAUAGAUGAUUACAUACCAUGUACAGCUAUAGGUUGGGGAGAAGUUGAUACACCACCAGGCCGACAAAAUACACUCUUACACAAACUAAAGGUAUUUUCUUCAAUGUCUGCUAAAGCAUGUCCAGGUCUUCAAGAUUGGGAGAGGAGAAAAAUCAUUUGCUUACAACAAGAUAAAGGAAAAGGAUUAUGUGACGGCGACUCUGGUGGUCCACUGAUAUGUCAAGGUAUAAUGUUAAUAUUAGAAUGGCUUAUACAUAGUUUGAAUACUUUAUAG